UGAUUGCCUUUGUUUUUGCUGAAUGCUUUGAUUAUUGCAGAGUUUUAAAGAAGAGUGUUGAAGAAGAGUUUUAACGAAGAGUGUUGGAGAAGAGUGGCUUUAUGUUGUGCGCUGUUAUCUGGAGAUGGAUGUUCUCUUCGGUUGCACCUUUGUGCCGGGGAAGCCUGGAGUGUCUCUGGAAACUCAUAGCACUCCUGAUUAACUUGUGACCACAUCAUUAAUAAGGAUACACAGUCUAAUGAUACACAGUCUAAUGAUCCAGCUGUGUGAACGGCCUUCCUAGCAACAGCAUCCCUUUGCAUGGGAAGCAUUUCACCUGAUUCAUAUGUAUAUAUGUGUUUGUAUAAUGAUUUUUUAUUUAAUGUGUUGUGCUUUCGUGCAAGAUUACGCUGUGUAAACGGCAACAUUGUAUUGCAGCUCAUCUCUUAGUGAACGUAACUCAUCUCCCUACACCCCUGUGGAUCCACCUGUUUCCAUUUCCUGUCCUGUGUGUUGUGAGCGGUCAUCUCGAUGGUGGGCAGCCCUGCGUGCUCUGCUUCGUGCUCAGCUCUGCGUCGCAGUGCCCCUGGACGCUUGACCUCCCUCUGUGAGCGGUUCGGCCAUGGUGCGGAAGCGGCCGAGGGCCAGUAGGGGCGGCCGCUGCCCAGUGGCCAUGAACGAGGACAACGCGCGCUUCGGCCUGCUGGCGGCGCUCAUCCUGGGCUACCUGCUGUGCGGCGCGGCCGUCUUCUCGGCGCUGGAGCGUCCGUCUGAGCUGCAGGCUCACCAGCGCUGGCAGGAGCAGCUGGACGACUUCACCGGUCGGCAUGGCGUGGGCCUAGACGCCCUGCGCGGCCUGCUACGGCGGUACGAGGAGGCCAACAUGGCGGGCAUCCGUGUGGACGCCCUGCGGCCGCGAUGGGACUUCUCCGGGGCCUUCUACUUCGUGGGAACCGUGGUCUCCACUAUCGGUUUUGGGAUGACGACCCCGGCCACCAUCGGGGGAAAGAUCUUCCUGAUCUUCUACGGGCUGAUCGGUUGCGCGGCCACCAUCUUGUUCUUCAACCUUUUCCUGGAGCGCAUCAUCACCAUGCUGGCCUACAUCAUGCGCUGGUGCCACGAGCGGCAGCUGCAGCGGUCAGGCGUGGGCGGCGUGGGCGGCGAGGACCAGCGGAGUCAGGACGACAGCCUGGAGGGCUGGAAGCCGUCCGUCUACUACGUGAUGCUGAUCCUGGCCGUGGCGGCUCUGCUGAUCGCCUGCAGCGCGUCGGCGCUCUACGCCAGCACUGAGGACUGGGGCUACUUCGACUCGCUCUACUUCUGCUUCGUGGCCUUCAGCACCAUCGGCUUCGGCGACCUGGUGAGCAGCCAGCGGGAGCGCUACGCGGCGCAGGAGGCCUAUCGCCUCGGCAACUGCCUCUUCAUCCUCAUGGGCGUGUGCUGCAUCUACUCGCUCUUCAACGUCCUCUCCAUCGUCAUCAAGCAGACGCUCAACUGGAUCCUGGCCAAGCUGGACUGCCAGCGGGCGGCAGCGUGCCCGUGCCAGCGGGGGGGUCAGCAGGCGUGCGGACGGAGGUGGGUGAGGUGGCGCGGCUGCUGCUGCCCCUGUGUGCCCUGUCUGUCCUCAGAGCGCCGCGCUGCGCACCCUCUGACCGGCCGUGGCAGGUCCAGAGCCCACAAGCGCAACGCGGUGCAGCCGGCCACUCCGACGCGCGACGCCGCGGGCAAGCAGCACUACACCAACGCCUCGGUGGAGACGGUGUGCGACAGCGAGACGGAUGGUGGCCAGGGGCCCGAGGCUGGACACUUGGCUGGCCGCCGGCUCUCCGGAGAGAUGAUCUCGGUCAACGACUUCAUGGCGUCCAACAAGGUGUCGCUGGCCAUCCUGCAGAAGCAGCUGUGUGAGACGGCGCACGGAAACCCGCGCCAGAGCCACGCGCGCUGCAACGGCUUCUCUGGGGGAGUCGGAGCCUUCGCCAUCAUGAACAACCGGCUGCAGGAGACCAGCGUCGACAGGUGACCAACAGGACGUCCGCCAGCCAGCAGGAAACAGGUCUCACGUGAGAAGAAACAUCAUUCUUAAAAAAUCCAAGAAAACCUCUUGGAGUAUUCCUGAAAUUCUAUUUUUAUAUGUCUGAUAACAGCUUCACAGUCUUAAGGCUGAUUAGAUUGCUUUUAACGUUUGACCGAAGGCUCUUGCUUCAUUGUACAUGUAAAUUACGCAUCAUUCACUUGGUGUCUGAGAUGUGUACGUCUGUUGUAAGGGAGCGGAUGAUUCAGAGAUGUAAACGGCGUGUCUGAGUUGAGAUAAAAGGAGACAGAACAGUCGCUGCGCUGAUGAUGGCGUUCUGAGAGGCCCGUUCAGCUCCUGAAGUGAUUGGCUGCUGCGGUAGGCAAUCAGAGCGCUCGGAGAGAGAGAUCCUCAGGCCACUCUUCAGCAUCGCCAUGACGCAGAGUGAUUUACAAGAGCAGCCGACACAAAGCCGCCGAGACCCUCAGAGACUCUCAGUGGGGAGAAAUACACUCUGAACAGCAUCAGGGGUCAGCAGCCUCUCGGCUGUUUGCCCCUCAUGUGUCCAUCCUCCAACACAGCAAAACAAAGCUAGUAUACAACACUGGACUAACGUCUAUUAAGUCUAUCAAACCAAACCACUCUUUUUCCUUAGUAGUAGUCGUAAGCAAUCUUAGCAAGCACAUAUAAUGA